GUCUUCCACCCUCUCCCCCACACACUUUCCCCCUUUCUUGACUCUAUUUGGCAGAUUAGGGUUCCCUCUGUUGGAAUUCGAUCCUCUCUUCCUCAGUCUUCUUCUCGGCUCCAGAUUCUUGUUCGACGGCCAUGGAGAUGGAGCGAUUCGCGGAGUUUCCCUAUGCUCACAUGGAUCGACGCCCCAGGAAACGGCCAAGGGUAGGCUGGGAGGCCGCGCAGCAUCCCAAGGCUCAAAUAGGAAUGUUAUGUGGGCAAGAAGUUGGAGAUGUGACCAGCUUGAUUUCAUCGACGGCACCUUCAGACCAUACUUGUUCUUCUCUGUAUUCGAAGGGAGUGGCUCGAAAUGCUUCCCCCCCUUGGAGAGAGGAUGAUAAAGAUGGGCAUUAUAUGUUUGCUGUCGGAGAGAAUUUGACUUCUCGCUAUAAGAUCUACAGUAAAAUUGGUGAAGGUACCUUUGGUCAGGUUUUGGAAUGUUGGGAUCGAGAAAAGAAAGAGAUGGUAGCAAUUAAAAUUGUUCGUUCCAUAAAGAAAUAUCGGGAGGCUGCCAUGAUAGAGGUUGAUGUGCUUCAGCAUCUUGGGAAACAUGAUAAGACUGGCAAUCGUUGUGUGCAAAUACGGAACUGGUUUGACUAUCGUAACCAUAUCUGUAUCGUAUUUGAGAAGCUUGGACCAAGCUUAUACGAUUUCCUACGGAAAAAUGCUUAUCGCCCAUUUCCCAUUGACCUAGUUCGCGAGAUUGGGAGACAACUGUUGGAAUCUGUUGCAUUUAUGCAUGACUUGCACCUCAUUCACACGGAUUUAAAACCUGAGAACAUCCUUUUUGUCUCCCCUGAGUACAUCAAAGUAUCUGAGUAUAAGGAUGGUUCAUUCUCCAAGCGAUUGCCAAAAUCUAGUGCUAUCAAGUUAAUUGAUCUUGGCAGUGCAACCUAUGACCGCAAGGACCAUACUUACAUAGUUUCCACAAGGCAUUAUCGUGCUCCGGAGGUUAUCUUGGGACUUGGAUGGAGCUAUCCAUGUGACAUGUGGAGUGUUGGCUGCAUCCUUGUAGAACUGUGCUCGGGGGAGGCACUGUUUCAGACCCAUGAAAACUUAGAGCACAUGGCCAUGAUGGAAAGGGUAUUAGGUCCUCUGCCACAGAAUAUGCUGAAGAGAGCCGACCGACAUGCUGAGAAGUACGUCAGAAGAGGUCGGUUGAACUGGCCAGAGGGUGCUGCAUCCAGGGAGAGUAUCAAAGCCGUUCAGAAACUACCUCGUCUUCAGAACAUUGUUAUGCAGCAUGUGGAUCACUCGGCAGGCGAUGCUAUAGAUCUUUUGCAAGGCCUCCUUAGGUACGAGCCCUCAGAACGAAUGACGGCUCUAGAAGCCCUCGGGCAUCCGUUCUUCACCAAGAAUCGCCAUAGAUAUUAGACAGCUCAUCGUCACCUGGUGUGGUCAUGAGAGCUACGAGAACCCACCUGUAUGGCUAGCCCAAUUAGUCUUGUUUAUUGUUUUGUUUUCCCAUAUUUAAUUCCUCGAAGUAGUAUGGAAUGAAAAUGAAAAUGAAUCGACAUUCUCGUUGGAACGUGAAUUACUCACUGGUGGGAGAUUGUGAUGA